UCUGUUUUUGGUCUUGUUCUCAGAGUAGGAGAUGAGAGGAGUAGUGAGAAACGGAGGCUAAAAGAGACGAGUACAAAGACUUUGGGACAUUGGGAACAGACUGACACCGUGAACAAAUCUGCCUUCAAACCACCUGACAUGAUGUUGAUUUUCCUGCUUUUUUGGCUAAGCUUGUCAACAACAAGCGCAGCUCCCAAUCUAAAGAAAGCACCCACAGAGGCACCUCUUCUUGUCACCGCACCGCCAACUGAGGCUAGAUCCCGCUUUGCCAUGUUAGAUGACGUACGACUCCUUGCUAACGGUCUUCUCCAGCUCGGCCAGAGCCUCCGAGAGUUUGUGCACAAAACCAAGUCUCAGAUCAAUGACAUCUUCCAGAAGCUCAACAUCUUUGAUCGCUCCUUCUACCAGCUCUCGGUGGUCACCAGUGAAAUCAAAGAGGAAGAGGAGAAGUUGAAAGAGACGACCAUAUUUUUGAAGGCCAAUAAUGAGGAGAUCAGAAACUUGUCACUGGAGAUCAACUCCAAAAUCAACAACAUCCUCCAAGAGCGAAGCCAGUUGCACAGCAAGGUUGGUGGGCUGGAGGAGAAGCUGAAGGGCUUGUCUCAGAGCAUGAUGCCUCUGGAGCAACUUCAAGAGAUCGCUGCUUUGAAGGAUGUGAUUGAAACACAAGAAAGGACCAUUACAGAUCUGCUUAAAUCUGUUAAAGAGCAACACGAACAGCUCAAUUACCAGAAGACCAAAAUUAAGAGUCUUGAGGAUAAGAUGAACUAUGACUCUUUUCAAGACACAGUUGAAAAACCUUUGGAUUUAAAUCCAGAAACACUUGACCCUUUUCGUUACUUAACAAUGAACUCCACCAAUGGAACUGCAGAAAUAAAUGACUUUCCAAUGGACUGCAGUGAUGUGUUCAAAAGAGGCCAAAGGACCAGUGGAACUUACCCAAUCAAACCCAAUCAAUCUGAGCCAUUCUAUGUUUACUGUGAGAUAAGGGCUGAUGGUGCAGCCACAGUCAUUCAGAGGAGGGAGGAUGGUUCUGUUGAUUUUGACCAGUCAUGGGAAAAAUACGAAUAUGGAUUUGGCAAACUGGAAAAAGAGUUCUGGCUUGGCUUGGCGAAGAUUUAUUCCAUUGCUCAACAAGGACAAUACAUUUUACACAUUGAACUGGAAGACUGGAAGGAGGAAAAGAGAUUCAUCGAGUACACAUUCAUCCUGGCAGGUCCUGCAUCUGAUUACGCUCUUCACGUGGCACCUCUGUCUGGAGAUCUGCCUGAUGCCAUGAGCAACCACACGGGCAUGAAGUUCUCAACCAAGGACAGAGACAACGAUAAUCAUGACGAGUCAAACUGCGCCCGCAACUACACCGGAGGUUGGUGGUUUGACGCAUGUGGGGACACCAACUUAAACGGGAGAUACGCCUGGAUGAGGUCGAGGACUCGGCAUCAGCGCAGGAAAGGAAUCUACUGGAAGCCAGCCAAAGGAAGCUCCUAUACCCUCAAAUCCACAAAGAUCACCAUCAGACCAUCAACCCAGUUUCAAUAAUCCCUGACCCUAUACUCUCCAUUGGGUAAUGCAGAAUAAAUCAGAGGGGUCACACUGGCAGCAGACACUGGCCAACAAAGCUUUUCCCUUUCUCUACAGACAGCAGAAACUGAAUGAUGCAACUGCAACAGGUCACUGACUCUGGUAGAGGGUAAAAACCAAGUCAAAGGGGUAUUGCAAAAUGCAUGUGUUAGUUCGAAAUCUUUAUAGGUCAUUAACUUGCAGCUUGCAAGUUGUUAAAAAAACUAAUAUUGAACAGGUUAAAAUGGCAUAAUCACACCUCUGGAACAGGAUUUGAUGCAUGUUAUUAUCAAGAGUCUACAAGAAUCAACAAUAAGUUUGUAGACAAUAUGGAUAAUAUUAUAGAACUACAUUGCUCUCAACUACAGAGCUUCUCAAUGUCAUUUCCCAUACAGUAUGUUAACUUGAAGUUUAGUAUUUAAGCAAUUUACACAAAUUUGCAACAGUAAAAAAAGCAACGGGUAACACUUUGUAAUAACAUUCAUUAAAUCAUGACUACAAUGCUUAUGAACACACGACUAUAAUAUAUUAAAUUAUAUAUUAUAUUAUAUAUUCAUAUUUGUAAUUUUGAUAUUGAAAAUUAUUACAAAGUGUUACCAAGAAAUGUGUUGUUAUGGUUGAAGUUGGAUCUUUUGCUUGUCUCUUUCUGUUACUGAGUCAUAUUGACUCCUGGUUAUGAUUUGUACAUACUCAGCUGUACUGUAUAUAUUUCGUUUACACAAUGUUUCUCAUUGGUAGUCAGGUGCAUCAUAUUUAUAGCAACACAUUUAGACAAUAAGGCAACUUAAACUAUACUUGGACUAACAUGGCAAACCUUUUUCUUUUCUUUUUUUAAAGUGGCAAUAUUGUAAAUUUCACUACGUAAUAAUUAAAACAAAUUUGAGCAAUAUCUUCUCAAGAAAA